CAGCUGACAUUGACUACUGACACAAUUUUUAUAUAUUAUCAAUAAAUUGAUUGCCCUUUAAAAAUAUUACGUCGGAUUUAAAAGGAAAAAGAACUUUAAAAAUGUGUGAAUAUAUAUAAAAUAUUCGUAAACAAUAAUGAAUUUACAUCAGAUUGUAAGUGGAGCUUGCAAUGCAGGCGAUAAAUGUUUUGCUGUUGGAUCAGUUGAAGGUGUACCCUUUACAGCAUAUGCAGCUGGUUGUAAUAUUGUCAUUCUCGCAUCUACAUUUGAGAGGGUUCAAAUAAUUCCUGGAGCAAUACAUGACUACAUAAGAAUAACAUCUGUAGAUUGUUCUAGUGAUACAGGAAAAAUAGCUGCAUCUUAUGAUGAUGUUGUGUGCAUAUACGAACCUACUCCUCUAAUUCAUAAUACUUCUGCACAUCGACAACAUAUUAUAAAGAAACCUUCAAAAAUUAAGGGCUUGGAUUAUAGAUGGGUACAAACAGGUACUUUGAAAACAGAUUCUCCUGUCCGUGCAUUAAGCUGGAAUUUAGAAGGUACCCGACUGUUAACAGCAGGUGCUCACGUUCAAUUAUGGCAUCUUAAAUCUCAAACAGAUGACGAUCCCAAACAAAAAACUGCUGUUACUUUUACUCUAGGCGGAGGACAUCAUGAUGGAGGCGAUGAAGAUACCCAUGAGGAACAUGAAAAACCUCAAGAACAAGAACAAACCUCGUGGCAAUGUGUUUGGAAAGCAAAUACUGCUAUCCCAGUUCAACAUCUAGCCUUCAGUCCAGAUGGAACCCUUUUCGCAACUUGUGGUGAAAAUGACAGAUUGGUUAAAAUAUGGUAUGAAAAUCGACAUGUUUUGUUUACUUCGAAAAGUAUUGAGGGCCAUUUAGAAUUGGACUACAGUUUUGUCUACAUUGCUCAUCCAAGGGCUGUGACUCAUAUUUCUUGGAGAACAACUAGUAAAUACAUGCCGAAGGGCUCAGUAUCGAACAUGCUAGUCACUUCAUGUAAGGAUAAUAUUUGUCGUCUGUGGGUUGAAACAGUAUUACCAGAAGACGGUUUAGUUAAUUUGUCUCAACUUGAUCCACAAGCACAUCAUCCAAAAUUUAGAACGCACAGGCACAAACAUCGUUUCAUGCAACGUUUGAAACAUAUGAAGACCUGCUUCCAUAUAAGACGUAAUGCGAAACACCAAGGAAUUGGCUUGGGAGGACCAUCACCACCAAUCCCUACAUUACCAUCUACCUACAGUGUACAUGAUUUCCAUUCUUAUGGUUAUCAUGGAACGGGCAUUACUCCAGGUCUCCAUUUCCAUUUGGCUGCUUCAGUAAAUGCUGAAACCGAUAUACCUCUUGUACCAAACAUUAGUUACUGCAAUCCCAAACCUGCAUUUGUCUUACAUUGGUUGGAUAACAAAGAAAUGCAAUUCAGUCUUCAAGCUGAACUAUUUUUGGAAGAGUUUGCUAGACCAGUAGUGGAUAAUCCAGAAUCAGAAGAUUCAGAAGAACCUUUAAUGGAAUCUGGAAGUUCAGAUGGAGUAGACGCUCGUAUAGAAAGCUUCCUACGAGACUGGCAUCACAGUCCUGAUUUACUGUUUAGCAUUCAUCCAGUCGAUGGCAGCUUCUUGAUUUGGGUUGUGGAAUGGUUAGAUGAGUUUCAUCCUGGGUCUUUUAGACAAGCUCAAGUUUCAUUUUCGACCCGUAUACCAUCUGCUUUUCCAUUAGGUGAUUCUAUGAGUAUGUCGACAACUGUUAGCCUGUAUAACACAACACCCUUACUAAAACAUCUAGUUAAAGAUGCUAUUCAUAAAGAAACUGUAUGUGAUCGAAAUUUAGCUAGUGUUAAGGAAGAAGAUGAAAACAAAUCACAAAAAGAUAUUCCCAUACCAAUUCCUGAAGAUCAAAAUGAAGCAGCUCCUGUAGUAUCUUUAGUAACCAAACAUGAUAAUGGCACUCUGAAUUUGUGGCAAAUAACUUUUGCUGAUAAGAGUAAAUUCAGUCAAGUAUUGAGCAUUGGACAUAAAAGCAGAGCUUCUGGUCAUAGGUUUAGGGUCAAUGAUAUAACUUGCCAUCCGGUACUGCCUCUACUUUUAACUACCAGCCAUCAUAAUAUAAUAGAUCAGAUGAGUAAAGAUCAAAAUAGAACGGGCUUCUGUAGCGAACUAAUCCUGUGGAAAGUAGACGCCGUUGGUCCUUUAUCAAAAUCUGGAGGUAUAUGCGAAUUAGCCCGAAUAAGUUCUCCAGAACCGUCUGCUUUCAGUAAUGUAGCCUGGAUCCCAACACUUCUUCCAUCCAGCACUUUGGGCAAUUUAUCAAACUCUCCCAGUGCAUGUUUUGUAGCUUCAGACGGUCAGUGUUUGAGAGUAUACCAGGCUGUUAUCGAUGCAAGAACUUUGCUAGCCGAUUUGUCUUUUAAAGAAAACAGAAAUAACGAAGACAAUGAAACUGUUUCUGACUUAUCCUCAAUUAACCAAGAAAGUAUUUUGGAGAAUAUAAAUAUAGUUUCACAACAGAGCACUUCAAGACCUGGUUGUAUUAUUCAACUGGAAACUAUUUCCGAGGCGAUAAAAUGGCAGAAUACUACAUUCUUGCAUGUGUAUCAAGAACAACUGAUCACAGGACAAAAAAGUACACCGAUAAAUCUAUCUGGAAACGACGCUAUGGUCGAUUUACAACAAGCGUCCGUUUUCAAAGAACCAUUCUUCAUUGUAUUAUUGGAUUGUACAGACCAAAACACUAUAAUUCAUAUGUGGAAAUUAACAAUUGCUUCCACUGAUACAGAAUACUCACUCAGCGCUAGUCAGAUGUAUGUUCCAGAUUCAGUAUUGGUUCAGGACGAAAACGAUCUAUCAAGAAAGAAUAGCAUGGAAUCGUUACAUUUGAAACCUUCAAAAGUAAGUCCUCAUAUUAACCUAAUGGUAAGUAGAGAAGUAAAACAGAUCUUACCUUUGGCUGAUGGUAUAGAAAUAGUACACGCCACACCAGCUGCUGGUCAUUUGAGCUCAGCUUCUAUUUAUCCUGCGUGUCUAGCACCAUAUUGUUUUGCAACAGCUUGCAGCGACGGUGUUAUACGAUUUUGGACAGUAUCUUCUAACCCAAACCAAGUUAGAGAAUUUAAUCAUUUGAUGUUGGAAGAAGAUGGUACAGUAGUUAAUACUGGCCAAGUUUGGACCGAAUGGAAUAUGAUUAAGGAAUCUGCCAUUGAAAUUGAAGGACAGGUUCUAAAUAUUAGUGUGGCCUAUUCUGGAAGAUUGGCGUGCGCUUAUAAAUAUGGAAAGAGCUUCACCAGACCAAAUAAAAAUGAUCAAGAUUCAAGAUUUAUCAAUUUAUGUGUUGCUAUUUACGAAUGCGAAUCAACUGGAGGUAGUGAAUGGAUUUUGGAAGAUGUUAUCCAUCUGAAAAAUAUCCAUCUUCCUCGUAUAGAUAUAAACAAACAUUUAGAUCUAAGCUACUUGUACGAUUCAAGAACUUUAAAAAAGAAGCAGAGAAUCAACGAAGUUUUACAUAAUUUCACAGGUGAUGACCGACAAAGUUUAGCUACAGAGCCUAGUAUCAAAUCUACUUUAUUAGCUGUACCAAGCUUCACGACUUUACAGUCCUUAAGAAAAUCUAUUUCUGAAAUGGGUAAUAUUUGUCCUUUGACACAAAAACAUAUUGUCCAAUUAGAUUGGGUAUCAAAUGAAGAUGGUUCACAUGUUCUGACUGUAGCAGUUGGAAGUAAAAUUAUGCUCUAUACUCCUCUAUCUACAGAUUUAGCUCAAGCUAACGUUAAAGCUAUGAAAGAAAGUUUAAACAACUACAGACCUAUAUUAAGGAAAGCCAGUUCUCUGGCUCAACCCAUGUUUGUGGACGAUUUUAAAUGGAUGACUUUAAGAAAAAUUGAGUUACAAACAGCUGAUGGUCUACCUGCUCUACCUAUGCAAAUCAGCUGGGUGAGAGAUGGUAUUUUAGUGGUUGGAAUGGAUUCAGAAAUGCAUGUAUAUACACAGUGGAAACCUCAAAAUCCUUCUCUACAACAAAAUCAAACGUCUGAAGCAGAUGGGCGAAAUGGUAGAGAUGUUGAUUUCCGUACUUUAACGCAAGAGAAUCAGAAGAAAUUAGCUGCUGUUCCUACUCUUGGUAGAAUCAGCUCAGUUAAUCUACAAAUUCUAGAUAGAAAAAGAAAUAAAGAACAAAAUUCGGAUUACAUGCCUGAUUAUGGAUUGUUUGAAGCUUCUAGAAUAGCUUGUCCAGUUUUACCUCAAUACCAUCCCAAACAGCUUAUGGAAUUAUUGAAUUCUGGAAAAAUAAGAUGGGUGAAAGCAAUCUUGGCUCACUUAGUAAAAUGUAUAGGUGGUAACCAAGACGCUUCGGAAGAAAUACAAGGCUGGACUCGGAGCCGAACAUUAUCAGUGAGCUAUCCGCCAGGUAGUCCUGAACACAGAACUAGUAUAGGGGAAAUAAAUCUGGAUUAUGACGAAAUCAACAAUAUACCUCCUCUGCCUCUAUAUACCCUUCUCGCUGCUGAUAAAGAAUCGAACGUAAAUCAAGAAGAAAAGAAAGAUUAUAAUGAACUAUUUGAUAGUAACAUCGUAAUGGAAGAUAGCUUGGAUAAUUUGUUAGAAGAUCAGGAAGAGCAACGUCGACCUUCUGAAAGAAAUGUUGGUGUUAUGCAUUUUACACCCAAGGAAGGAAGGGUGUUGUCAAGGCUUUUGACUCAUAUACAUUUACCAGGUUUAUCCAGUUUGGAUCAAAUGCAUCUCUUGGCCCUAGCUGAUACAGUGUCAACCUGCAAUACUGACUUAGCAGAACGUUUCGCUAUCGAUGCUGCCAAAUCCGCGAUGGUAAAAGAAAAUUUAAUGGGACAAAAAGAAGAGUUAAUAACAGAUAAUUUGGAUGAUUGUGGUUUGAGAUUUUUAUUGGCCAUGAAACAUUAUGGAUAUUUAUUAAGGUGCCUUCCAUUAGCUCAGCGAACUCAGUUCCAAAAGCAAGGAGUAGGUAAUAACAAUUUAGCUUGGGCGUAUCAUUCAGAAAGCCAAGAGGAACUUUUAAACUUGAUACCCAGUUACGCAAAAGGAGAACCUACCUGGCCUCAGUUGAGAGAAUUAGGUGUAGGUUGGUGGAUAAGAAACCUCAAUCUACUCAAAGUAUCUGUUCAAGUGUUAGCAAAAGCUGCCUAUCAGGUUAAUCAAGAUCCAAUGGAUGCUGCAUUAUAUUAUUUGGCUUUGAACAAGAAGAAUCUGUUAUGGGGAUUGUAUAGAUCGAAGCGGGACGAAAGAAUGACUUCGUUCUUUUCAAAUAAUUUUUCGGAAGACAGAUGGCGUAAGGCCGCUUUGAAAAAUGCAUAUGCGUUGUUAGGUAAACAGAGGUUCGAUCAUGCUGCAGCAUUCUUCUUGUUAGCGGGUAAUCUCAAAGACGCUGUUGAAAUUUGCUUAAAUCGGUUACAAGACCUACAGUUAGCAAUCAUUAUCAUCAGAGUUUAUCAAGGAGAUUGUGAAUAUCUGAAGAAAUUGUUAUAUCAAGAAAUUUUAGGGUGUGAUGAAAAUGGAGAAAAUCAAGAUAUGACUAAAGCUCAUCCAGAUCCAUUCUUAAGAUCCAUGGCUUUAUGGACAUUAAAGCAGUACCAGGAUUCAUUAGACACUCUUUUAGUAGGUAACGCUGGAACACAACAUUCAGCACACGACGACGAAGCUAGAGAAACUAAAGAAGCAGAUCCUAAUGUAUUUAAUUUCUAUGUUUACCUUAGAACUCAUCCAUUAUUAGUUCGUCAACAUUUGGCCAACUAUGGUAAAAGAAAAGUGUGGGUACCAGGAGGUAAACAAAUCGUUGUAGACGAAUGGAUAACACCUUUGGAAAGACAGUUAUAUUUUGCUACAGCUCACGGACAUUUUAGAGCUGGUUGUCCCGCUCUUGCACUUGAAGUUCUAUCUAAACUUCCGUACGUGGUAUCUGAAAAACCUAAACAGAAAUCUAUAGAUUUUAAAAAAACUGAAAAUCUCGAUGAUUCAUAUAUUAACACUGGUACUGUUACUUCAUGGGAUAGUAAACCACAGUUAAGCACCGAUCUGGAUUGGGGAGCUCCAGUUUCUGACUUGAAAGUGAAAACAGAUGAUUUAGAUUUAAAAUGGAGUGAUGAUGAAAAAGAAGACUCGGAAGAUUCAGACGAAGGUUUGAGUAUGACUAUUGGUAAAAAAGGAAAAGAAGAAUCUAAAGAAACUGAGGAGAAUGAAGGAGAAAACGAGGAGGAAAAACAACAACAUAUUGAUAUCAUGGCACAACAAUUGAAAUUUGUUGCUUGUCUAAAAAUUUUGAUGGAAGAAUUAUCAACUUUGGCGACAGGAUUUGAAGUUGACGGUGGACAAUUAAGGUACCAACUGUAUAUGUGGUUAGAAAGAGAAGUUGAAGCUCUUAGAGAACUUUGUAAUUACACAUCUUCGGAAGUUUCAGACACAACAGAUUUAGAACAAAGUCCAGAACCGGAGAACACAACUACUAUAGAUACUAGUACUAAACCAACUUUACACGAAAUAUUAAUCCAGGAAAAACUUGAUUUUGAAGCCAAGGUACAUAGAGCAGCUAAAAGAAAACGCUGGUUAAGAGCAAAUGAAACUUUAUUAAGGACGCUUUUAAGUUAUUGUUCUCUACACGGGGCGACAGGAGGUCUGGCUUCGGUUAGAAUGGAACUAAUGCUUCUAUUACAAGAAUUGCAGCAGGAAAAAACACACCAACAAUUAUUAAGUCCUCUACCAUUUCCUACAAGUUUGCCUCUUUUGGCUGCUAGCGUUGCUAGCAGUAAAACUGUUAUCGCUGAUCCAAUCAGAUAUUUACAAUGUCUUACCCAUGAUAUGUUACAAACGUUGGUAGAGUUGAAUCAGCCUAAUACUGGACAAAAUCAACUGUUGGUGAUAAGGGAUUUGGCAAUAGCUUUGUCUGCCUGCAUUUACCAAUCAUUAUGUGAUUCCGACACAUUCAAGAAUUCUAUACAAGAAGGUCAAGAAAUUGGCGCAACGCAUUUAGUAGGGCGCAAGAGACGAGUAUCCGUAAACGAAGGCCAUAAUAUUAUAACUCUUCCAUCCAAAUGGCCCGGUGUAACGAGUUUAAGAGCUCUUUUAGCCAGAGAAAAAGAUGAAGAUACUCCCCGAUUGACAGUAAUGUUAUGCGAAGCAUUUACAGCUGUAUAUUUAGCUCUAGUACUCUACGGAUUGGUAACAUAUGAUUGUGUUAUUUUAUUCCAUGUAAACGCCCAUUCGUUCGAUUCAGAUGUAUGGGGCAGAUUAUUUGGUGGAGGGAUUAAAAAACUUCUCAGAACUGCAAGUCUAAGCGGAAGCAAUCCCCAUCAUCCUCAUUACAUUUCCCAGCAAAGUGUCCAAACCCCUGAUGAAAGUAGUGGUCCUGCUAAUUGGUUGAAUAAGCAAAGAGUAAGACUAAAUACCAAAUUAUUGGGUCAGCAGCCUUCUAUAAUGAAAGAAGAUAAACCGACUUAUAGAGAACAAUUUGUUCCUCCAGAAAUGAGUAUAUUGGCCUACUUGCUGCAAAGGCCUGCUACAACUGAUUACAUCGAAGAAGAAGAAAGCGACGUAGAGGAAGAAGAAGAAGAUGAGGAUGUUUUUGAUGCUCCCACAACCAAAACUAUCAAAACUGUCAACAACGAACAUUCAGAUCCUAAUUCAUAUUCGUGGUUGGUAUUACGAUUAGCAACAUUAAGGAUUGUCCAAAAUAAAAUCAAUGAUUUCUUGAAUGUAGCAGGAUUGGAAGCAAGUGAAUUACCUGUAGCUAGUCCAAUGAUACACAGUAGUCUCAGAAAAUUGAUUUGUUGGCAAGAAAAUUUGAGAAAAGAAUUGGAAAGUAGGCAAACGCCGACUGAAUACAUACCAGGAUGUUUCGUUGAGAAUUCGACUGGUCCUGCAAUUCAAAAAUAUAGACAACUUUUAGAGCCACAGAAUACGCCAUUCAGUAACAAAAGCUCGGCUGCUGCUGCUAGAAACCUAUGGACAUAUUUAGUACACCAGGAGCUCGUCCAAGAUAUAUUUAUUAGAGCCGUUUUUGGUAAACGAAGGUCUUCUGGUACUAUCGAAGAAGUCCUUCCUUAUCCGGAACCACCUAUCCUAGAACCAGUCAGAAUCAUUCACAAAGAACAAGACUCAAUUGCCGCAUUUUGUCUUAAUCAGGUUAAUGCAGGCUUGAUUGCCAUUGCCACCCCGAGGGAGCUCCAGGAAAUGGAUAUAUCUCUCCUGCUAGAACUACCAGCUUGGUUAGAGGACGAGUGUGAGCUGGAUAUCCUCAACCUAAACAAAGACGUACCAGAUCCUACCGUCCCUCCAUUUUUAGUUAUUCAAAGUGCCAAUGAUAAGGGUAAGGAUACACAACCGGGAAGUCCACAAGCAGGAGGUGCCGGACAAAGUGGAAGAGGAGCUAGCGUUAUGAAGGGGUUAAGCUUCCCGGGCUGUCAUGACGCCAGUUUUGUCCACCUCGUUCUGCUUCGGUCAGCUCACAUGCUUCGACCGGUUCUGAAACACAAAAUUGAUGGUAUUAGAAGAAUAACAGCACACCCUCUAUUGCCUUUAUAUUUAACAGGAGGUCAAGAUGGUUCAGUACAUCUUUGGGAGUGGGGACAUCAACAACCUGUAGCAGUUCCGAGACCACCAGGAACAUAUGCAAAAGUAACAAGAGUACGAUUUUCUCAACACGGUAACAAAUUUGGAGUAGCAGAUUCUGAUGGAAAUUUGAGUCUCUUCCAAGUUGGAUUAAGUUCUAAUGCUACAAGACCUUUCUUUACUCUUCAGUGCCACAACAAAGGAAUAAGUGAUUUUGUAUUUCUUGGUUCUUGCAGUUUAUUAGCUACAGCGGGACACAGUUCGGAAAGUAAAAACGUUUGUAUUUGGGACUCUAUCCUACCACAUGGGAAAGCUCUAGUAACUGCAUUUACCUGCCAUGAACAAGGAUCUAGUAGCUUAGUAUUUGCUCCACAGCACCAAGUAUUAAUAUCAGCUGGUAAGAAGGGUGAUGUUUGUCUGAUUGAUGUUAGGUCAAAAGCAAUUAGACACAAAUUCACUGCACACGAAAAUGCUGUUAAAUGUAUAGCCAUUGAUCCACAUGAAGACUAUUUUGCUACUGGAUCAGCAGAUGGAGACAUAAAGAUUUGGGGUGUAACCGUUCCAAACGUGUUAUUAUCACUACCAGCGGAACAUGCCAGGAGUAGCUUUUUCAAGAACAUAGGCCAAGGUGUUACUCAGCUGCACAUCGAUACCCAUAAUCGACUAUUUUCUUGUGGUGCUGAUGGCAGUAUGAAAGUCAGACAAUUACCUGAUAGAGAAAAUUUACUGAAUCAUCAUUAAUAAUAUUGUAAUUUCCUAGUUGAUAUUUAAGUGUCAUUUAUUGCAUUGCCUAAAAUUCAAGACUUAAAAGUCCUACUUACAUAAUCUAUCGAUGAUUCUGUUUAAUAAUUUCAAAACUGCUAGUUUAAGAAUAUUUAUGAAAUUGUAUUUCCUCUCCUUGCAUUAAGACUCCGCAAUUUUCAAAAAUAAUACUGAUGCCCAUUAUGUUUUUUUCUCUCUGGCUGUAUUUCUAUCUAAUAGAAAAUAAUUUUCUAUUUUACAAAUUAUUCCUCUUUGUGAUAUGCCACAAUUAAACAGAAAGGUUCAAUAUCUUCAACUCGAUAAUGAAAUAAGCAUUCAACAGAGUAUAAUUGAAAUUUCAAGCAAAAAUAAAGAUAAUAACCUUUGUUAUAAAUUUUGUUCUCGAAGAUCGUUCGAAGAAUAUUUCAUUAAAUUAUCGAAAUAUCUAAAAAUGCGCAGAGUCCAUCAAAUAGUGAUUUGUGGUAUUAAGUAAAAUUUAAUUUUUUAUAUUUCAUUUUCGGACAUUGCAUUGAAACUUUGACUAAAUGAAUGGAACUACAAAGAUCAAUACUUUAUUUCGUGAAUUCACUGUAAACUUGUUGCUGAAAGUAUUAGCACUCGUUAAGAGCUUAUUUUUAUUUAAUUGUUGAUUGUUAAAACAUAUUUAAAUGUAUAUCUAAACAAUAAUUGUGAUUAUGUAGAAUUGUAAUUUAGGCUAAAGUAAAUUAUAUAAUUUUAAUCAAAA